AUGUCUAUCAAAUCCUACGCCUCUACACCAUGCAUAACUCUGGCCAUAUGGUGCUUGUUUUUCACGGUAGUUCGAGCCAAUUGGGAUGAAGCUACUGGUUUUGUUCAUGAUCAUAAAGUCUCUCCUGGCUGGAUGGCCAGAAACCCACCAAAAUCGUGCUCCAGAAAUAUUCAACUGGCUGAGUGCUCGCAUAACACCCGCAAUGCAUUCCCCAACGUUCAAUUCAUGGCAGUUUUCACUGUUGACCACUCCAAAGAUACAUACCACGGUUGCUCGUAUGGUUCUUGCUGUUACUUUUCAGAAUUUCCACCAGUCACCGAACUCGUGUCGGACCCUACUAACUCACACAUCUUUGUCUGGCAUAAUCUUGGAGGUUUCAAAGGCUUAGGAACUAAUCCCAUUGCUAAUCCCCAGACUGGAACAUUUGGAUGGGAAGAGGGAAAGACCGGGAAAUACAUCGAUGGGACUCCAAACAGAGACACUUAUCAACCAGCUCAUGAUAAGAAUUAUCCUGGAUUUAAACUUCCAACUCCAUGGCCAGCUAAUAUGCCAAUGCCACCACAAAGGAAUGCACAACCUUCUUGUGGUAGACCAGGUGAACCAAAUAAGGAUCCUAAUCCUACCGGAGCACCUGGAGGAGGUCAUGCUGUAAAGUUUAAUCAAGCCGAAUCAAAAAACUCAAAAUCAGAAAGUCACGCCUCGACACCAACCAGAAACCAGAAUCAAAAAAGACCUACUUUCUCUUUUGAUUCAUUUUUUCACCCCAACUUUGGCUUCUAA